AUGAUGGACUGUGUAGAAGAAACUAACAAUGAUCCCCUCACAGCACCAAUAUCUUCUCCAUCAUCAGGAGAUUCUACUAUGGAUAAAAAGAAACCCAGUGAAAAUGUGUCCUUAGCUGAUAACAGUUUGCUGGUGGAUAUAUCAGAUGCACUCAGUGAAAAGGAGAAAGUAAAAUUUACUGUACAUACCAAAACAACCCUGCCUGAGUUUCAAAAGUCAGAAUUCUUAGUUGUCCGCCAGCAUGAGGAAUUUGUAUGGCUCCACGACAGAUACGAGGAGAAUGAAGAAUAUGCUGGGUAUAUUAUCCCACCAGCACCACCAAGGCCUGAUUUUGAUGCUUCUCGUGAAAAACUGCAGCGUCUCGGAGAAGGGGAAGGUGCUUUAACAAGAGAAGAAUUCCUGAAGAUGAAAGAAGAGUUGGAGGAUGAAUACUUGGCAACAUUCAAGAAAACAGUGGCAAUGCACGAGGUGUUUCUACAGCGUCUGGCGGCGCACCCAGUGUUUCGUAAGGAUGCCCAUCUUCGCGUAUUUCUAGAAUAUGAGCAAGAUUUGUGCGCAAAACCGCGGGGCAAGAUGGAUCUUAUCGGUGGCCUUGUCCGUUCAAUGACGUCAACGACGGAUGAAAUAUACCUUGGAGCGACUGUUCGUGAUGUCAACGAUUUCUUUGAACAAGAGACUGCUUUUCUACAAGAGUACUAUUCGCAUCUCAAAGAGGCUGUGGCCAGGGUGGACCGGAUGACAGCAAAACACAAGGAAGUAGCAGAUGCUCAUAUAAAGCUGUCAUCUUGUAUCACACAAUUGGCGACUCGAGAGCAGCCUCCCACCGAGAGAUUCCUUACACGCGCCGCUGACACGUUUGACAAGUGCCGGAAAAUCGAAGGUCGUAUGGCAUCAGACCAGGAUCUCAAGUUGGCUGAUACACUCCGAUACUAUAUGAGGGACACCCAUGCCGCUAAAGCAGUGCUCGUUAGACGUCUUAGAUGUCUUGCAGCCUACGAAGCUGCUAAUAGGAAUCUCGAACGCGCCAGAGCUAAGAAUAAAGAUGUUCACGCCGCGGAACAAGCUCAAUCCGAAGCCUGCGCCAAGUUUGAGCAGCUCUCAGCGCGCGCUAGGGAAGAACUCAUCGACUUUAGGACCAGACGUGUUGGGGCUUUUAAAAAGAGCCUUGUAGAACUAGCUGAACUGGAGAUAAAACAUGCUCGUGCGCAGCAGGAACUUUUCAGGAAAUCACUGCAAAUGUUAAAGGAGUGUCAAUAA